UUAUCAUUCAAACCGUGAAAGCGAAAAAAAAACAUAUAGAGCUUUGAUAUAUAUAAAAAAUGUCAAAAAUUGUAGCUCAAAAUGUUUCACCGGUAAGAGAUUGUGUACCUCUUUAUGAUCGGAGACAGACGGUAGAAAUGUCUUCGCCGGCGUUUGCUCAGUUGUUGAACAACGUCGGAGAUCAUGUCACCGGCGACGAAACUGAAACUCCAGUUCACCAAGUUCUGACGAUGCAGCCGCAGAACUCUAUUCCGUUUGUACUGUCAUUUAGCAACCUCACAUACAGCGUGACAGUUCGCCGGAAAAACAUUUUUCCGGCAAUGUCCAGGGGCUGGACAGAGGAAGAGCCGGUCACGAGGACGAAAGUGCUUUUACAUGAUAUAUCAGGGGAGGCGCGUGAUGGAGAGCUACUCGCAGUGCUCGGCGCGUCUGGUUCGGGGAAAUCGACGUUGAUCGAUGCUUUAGCUAAUCGAAUUUCGAAAGAUAGCUUGAAAGGGGAGAUGAAAUUGAACGGUGAGAAAUUGCAUACGAAGUUGCUGAAAGUGAUAUCGGCGUACGUAAUGCAAGACGAUCUCCUUUAUCCGAUGCUUACAGUUGAAGAAACUUUAAUGUUCUCAGCAGAGUUUCGCCUUCCACGAACUCUAUCGAAAUCGAAGAAGAAAAGUAGAGUUCAAGCAUUAAUCGAUCAAUUAGGACUCAGAAACGCCGCCAAAACUAUAAUCGGCGAUGAAGGCCACCGAGGAGUCUCCGGCGGUGAAAGACGGAGAGUUUCGAUCGGAAUCGACAUCAUCCAUGAUCCGAUCAUCUUAUUUCUCGAUGAACCUACUUCCGGUCUCGAUUCCACCAGUGCUUUCAUGGUGGUUAAAGUUCUUCAACGAAUCGCACAGAGCGGAAGUAUUGUGAUAAUGUCGAUUCAUCAGCCAAGUAAUCGAAUUCUCAGUUUACUUGAUCGAUUAAUCUUCUUAUCACAUGGACAAACUGUUUACAGUGAUUCACCGUUCAAUUUGCCCCAAUUUUUCACGGAUUUUGGUCAUCCAAUUCCAGAAAACGAGAACAGAACAGAGUUCGCCCUUGAUUUAAUCCGCGAACUCGAAGGCACACCUGAUGGAACAAAUAAUUUAGUUGAAUUCAAUCGAAAAUGGAAAAAUUCUUCAACAACAUCGACAAUAUAUGAUCUAUCACUAAAGGAAGCAAUAAGUGCGAGCAUUUCCAGAGGAAAAUUGGUUUCUGGUGCUGCUAAUCCUACUUCUAUGGUUCCUACUUUUGCAAAUCCAAUAUGGACCGAAAUGGCAGUACUGUCAAAGCGUUCAUUCACAAACUCAUGGCGUAUGCCGGAGAUUUUCUUCGUCCGUUUCAGUGCAGUAAUGGUCACGGGUUUUAUCCUCUCAACCAUUUUCUGGCGGCUCGACAAUUCCCCUAAAGGCAUAUGGGAACGCCUUGGUUUUAUAGCAUUCGCAGUGUCAACAACUUACUAUAUAUGCGCGGAGGCGUUGCCCGUUUUCAUUCACGAGAGGUACAUUUUCAUGAGGGAAACAGCUUACAAUGCUUAUCGGAGAUCAUCAUAUUGCCUCUCUCACGCUUUGGUUUCGCUACCAUCAUUGAUAAUCCUCUCUCUAUCGUUCGCAGCCCUGACUUUCUGGGCUGUUGGCCUAGACGGUGGAGCUUCGGGCUUUUUGUUCUACUUCUCUGUCAUUCUAGCUUCAAUCUGGGCCGGGAAUUCAUUCGUCACUUUCCUCUCUGGUGUCGUUCCUCAUGUCAUGAUCGGUUACACAAUCGUAGUUGCAUUACUCGGAUACUUCCUCCUCUUCAGUGGAUUCUACAUGAAUCGCGAUAGGAUCCCAUCUUACUGGAUAUGGUUUCAUUACCUCUCGCUCGUGAAAUACCCAUAUGAAGCAGUGUUGCUGAACGAAUUCAAAGACCCCACGAAAUGCUUCGUUCGUGGGGUUCAAUUGUUCGAUAACAGCCAAUUGGGGGAUUUACCGAAUUCAAUAAAGGAGAAAUUAUUGGACAAUAUAAGCGAAACAUUGAACGUAACGAUAACAAGUUCCACUUGUUUCACAAGUGGCGCAGAUGUAUUGGUGCAACAAGGGAUAACUCAACUGAACAAAUGGAAUUGUUUGUGGGUAACAAUUGCGUGGGGAUUUUUCUAUAGGAUUUUAUUUUAUUUCACUUUGUUAUUGGGAAGUAAAAAUAAAAGGAGGUAAAAAUAAUAAGCUAGACAUAAUAUCAUAAUAAUAUAUUCGAAGAUACUUUUGAAUAUUGUAUUUUCGAGAAUUCCAUC